UCCGAAAUGCCAUCUAAAUGCUAUCCAAAAGUCUCCCACUGCUCUUCAAACUUGACACAGAUUCAGGUUGCAGCUUGAAUUUGGUAUAAAUUUCGAGGGAAAUUGGAGUCUUAUCAGUUACUGAAGGCACCUUACGGUAGUACCACCCUGCCUGCCUUCUUCACGCGUUCAGGCACGCGAACAUACGUAACGCGGCGUAGGUCUAUCGUUGGUGCUAUAACGUAACGCCCGCUACUGACGUGGUAUAGGUACUCCAACGCUCCGCGCUGUUGCAUUUCAAGCUUGCAGAGGUUUGAGACCAGUGGCAGAAAUGUCUACUGGCUGGCGUCUUGCGGGCAUGGCGCCGGCGAUGUUUGCUGUAAUAGUUGUUUGUGAUGCCUUAGUCUUCGUAUCCGGUACGGCAGUUGGACGAUGGCCGCCCGCCGUCUUACAAGGAAGAGAUGGCCAAAUGUUGAUGGAGCGACCCGACCGUGACGAGGAGGCCUCCACCGAGCCCCCGGACGCAGAGGCGAGCAGCACCGAGGGACCCAACGUGCGGGGCUGGCUGUUCGAACGGGUCGGGACUGAAGGCUACGUCCCACCGUGGUACUGGCUCCGCCGCCGCUCAGCCGAGAAGAGGUCCCUGGGCGACAAGGGUUUUUUUCCAACGACACGCCAUAUCAGCCUCUUCGGCUAAGGCCGCUGA